CCUAUCCGCUGGUCGCAGGCUGCCGUUGGACGCGACAGUGAGGUCAAGUCGAGCAAGGCUGGACUAACGAACAUCAGCUCUUUCAACUCCAUCAUCAACUCAUCAAAACUGACGACGACGAAAACUAUACUCUAUACGUACUAAAGAUCUCAUUCUCUCACGUCGAAGUAACGAAUAUCCGCGGCAUUUCUCUCUCCCCAUUUCAUUCAACUGCAUAGACCAUGGAUCACCGUCCGCAAGCUUGGGGCCGUGUAUGUGCUCCCAGAUACUACACCUUCAAGCAUGGCUAAUUACAAAUAAACUGACCUCCAAUAGCCUAGAGACGAUGUUUACGGUGCCUACGAUGCCUCUUUCAUGACCGAUAAUGGUCCCAAGCAAAACACCCAACAGCCCAUCGUCACUGGUACCUCCGUCAUCGCCGUCAAGUUCAAGGAUGGUGUUGUCAUGGCUGCUGAUAACCUAGCGUCAUACGGCUCUCUGGCCCGAUUCACCGAUGUCAAGCGACUCCGCUCCUUCGCCGAGUCCUCGGUCGUUGGCUUCAGCGGCGACAUUUCCGAUAUGCAGUAUCUCGACCGCCAUCUCAUCGACCUCUCCCUCGACGAGGCCUACACAUCCCCCGACGCUCCCCGUCUCAAUGCCGCAAACCUCCACCGCUACCUCGCUAAGCUGCUUUACCGCCGACGCUCCAAGUUCGACCCUCUGUGGAACCAUCUCCUUGUUGCUGGCCUCGACGACGAUGACAAGCCAUUCCUUGCCGCUGCCGACUUACUCGGCAGUACCUACAGUGCCCCCAGUCUGGCUACGGGUUUCGGUUCCAUGCUAGCCCAGCCUAUCAUGCGUCGUCAUGUUCCCGACGAGGAGGCCGCUCAGAACUUGGAGAAGGAGGAGGCUAUCAAGAUCAUCAAGGAAUGCAUGAAGGUUCUAUACUACCGCGACGCUCGCAGUUUGGACUCUUACUCGAUGGCUGUCGUCACAAAGGAAGGAGUGGAGCUUACCGAUGGUCUGCAGCUCGAGGCUCAGAGCUGGGCCUUUGCCGAGAGAAUUCGCGGAUAUGGUACUCAAACUGUCUAAAUCCCGUGGCAGGUACUGAAAUGGGAGGACCGAGUGACGAAAGUCAGUCACAUUUUAAUCAACUAGGGAGGCUGCACAAGAUACAAGCCAAAACGGCUUGAUUGCUGUUACUUUAGAGAAGAUUCAGCUGGUACAAUCAUGAUGAUGAUAAUACUUGACAAUAUGCAGUGAACUUCAAUAAGCCACCGAUGAAAUUCCUUUCCCCCCUCUCGUCCAAUAGCCUGGGAACAGGUCAAGACAGGGGAAAUGGUAGAGUUGUAAGAACACAUCACAUCU